UGUGUCUACCGAAAACCCCGCCUGUGGCCACGAUGGAUACGGACGAGAGUGUUCCCGAACAACAGACUGGCCCAGAGCUACCAAAACAGGGGAAUGACAGCGGUGCUAUCGAGAGCACCGAAUACCCAGAGGGUGACAACGACGGUCGACACAAUACACCAACUGACUCCCAGGAUGUGGCGCCUUGCGGCAUCGACCUUGAACAGUCAUUGUUUAAGGUUCUCCGUCCAACAGGAGAACGCGGCAAGGAAGAAACCGGGAGCGGUAAGAAGGCCGUGGAUGCUGGGGCCCCAGGCGGGAAAAUGCCCAAAAAAACUGCUCUUCGGCGAUCGUGCCGAAUUCGUCGGCCACCGAUGAGGUACCAGCCGUAAGGGUUAUGAGGGACUCUGA